GAUUUGCAGGAGGAGGAAGUGCAGAGCAGUGAGAAGGGGCAGCAGGUCAGCAGUAGAGCUUUCCGUUGUGGGUACAAAGGCUGUGGCCGCAUCUACACCACCGCCCACCAUCUCAAGGUACAUGAACGUGCUCACACAGGUGACCGGCCAUACACGUGCGACUUCCCGAGCUGUGGGAAAGCAUUUGCUACAGGAUAUGGGCUGAAGAGCCAUGUGAGAACACAUACUGGUGAGAAACCAUACAAGUGUCCAGAAGAUGUGUGUAGCAAAGCUUUCAAAACCUCUGGGGAUCUCCAGAAACACAUCCGGACACACACAGGUGAGCGUCCCUUCAAGUGUCCCUUUGUGGGCUGUGGCCGCUCUUUUACCACAUCCAACAUCCGCAAGGUUCACAUCCGAACGCACACAGGCGAGCGGCCCUACAUGUGUCCCGAGCCCAACUGUGGAAGGGGCUUCACCAGUGCCACCAAUUACAAGAACCACAUGAGAAUCCACACAGGAGAGAAGCCGUACCUGUGCACUGUGCCGGGCUGUGGAAAGCGCUUCACAGAGUACUCCAGCCUCUACAAGCACCAUGUUGUCCACACACACUGCAAACCCUACACCUGCAAUAGCUGUGGGAAGACCUACCGCCAGACUUCCACGCUGGCCAUGCACAAGCGCAGCAGUCACGGCGAGCUGGAGGCCACGGAGGAGAGUGAACAGGCCCUCUACGAACAGCAGCAGCUGGAGGCUGCUGCUGCUGACAGAGGCUCCCCCCUGAAGAGCCAGCAUAUUGCUUUCCUGUCAGAGAUGGAGGAAGAUGAAGAGGAAGAUAAUGAUGGUGUGCCUACGCAGGUCUCGCUUAUCUCUCAGGACGGGACAGAGCAGGUCAGUCUGUCCCAGGAAGACCUGCAGGCCCUGGGCAGUGCAAUCAGCAUGGUGACACAGAGCGGUGCCCUCGCUGUGCCUGAGGACGAGCUGGCGGGGGGUGACACACACACCGUGACCGUGGCCAGCGCGGGUGGCACCGAGACGCAGCCGGUUAGCAUUGUCACUUCUGGGGCAGUCGUGGCUGAAGAAUCUGCCAUCGUGUCCCUCCCUCAUCAGCAGGUGGCAUUGCUGGCUACUGCCAACGGCACCCACAUCGCAGUGCAGUUGGAAGAGCAGCAGAGCCUGGAGGACGCCAUCAGCAUGGCCGCAGCAGCGCUCCAGCAUGAACCUGUAACACUCGAGGCAGCCGUGUCUGAGAAUGGGUGCUGA